GAAAAGGCGAAACGAAUCCCAAAGUCGAAGCGAGUUGGACACUCUGGAUUCUAUAUUUCUCUUUCCUUAUCAACUGCUCCCCAAGACUUACAGGGUGCUAUCCUUAUCUGUGGUCCGCGGAGAAGCGAGAUGCGUCCGAAGUUGGUGUUGUUCGGAGACUCCAUCACGGAGGAGGCCUUUGGGGAUGGGGGCUGGGGAGCCGCUCUCGCCCACCAUUUCUCCCGCACGGCGGACGUGGUGCUGCGAGGGUACAGCGGGUACAACACGAGGUGGGCGCUGAGGGUGGUGGAGAGGGCGAUGGAUGGGGUGUGCGUGGAGGGUAAAUCACCGAUGGCGGUGACGGUAUUCUUCGGAGCCAACGACGCCUCCCUCGCCGAUCGGAGCAGCGGCUUCCAGCACGUGCCCCUCCCGGAGUACCAAAACAACCUCCGUGCCAUCUGUUCCUUUCUCAAGCACCUAUGGCCUUCUACUGUUGUGAUCCUCAUCACACCACCACCUAUCGACGAGGACGGGCGACUCCGGUAUCCUUUUGGUGACAACCCCUCAGGUUUGCCAGAAAGAACCAACGUGUCUGCUGGUGCUUAUGCAAAAGCAUGCAUUGCAGUUGCUAACGAAUCUGGAAUUCCAGUGAUAGAUAUCUGGUCUAAAAUGCAGCAGUUCCCUAAUUGGGAGAAAAUAUUUUUAAGGGAUGGGUUGCACCUCACUGCUGGCGGGAACAGGGUUUUGUUCGAGGAAGUGGUGGAGAGGCUUAGAAAUGCAGGCUUGAGCCUCGAGACUCUGCCUGCUGAUCUACCUCUCUUUUAUGAUAUCGACCCCAAUGAUCCUCUCAAAUCUUUCAGCAAUUAAAUUAAUUGCUAUUAUGACAAGGAUGUCUGUUGUGGGCAAUAUCUUGACUGAAAAAAAAACAUUAUGUCAGUACAAGUAAAAAACAUUAUGGACUGCUUGCAUCUAAGUAGCUUUUGUUACAGGGCAAGCGCUUGCUGUUGUUAACGUAGUCUCUCUUUUGAAUGCAAGCUAUAUUGGUCUUAUGGUUGAUUGAA